ACUGCUGCGCACAGCGACUGGUAAAAGUACGACAUCAGACGGCAACUAACCAAGGGGUGGGAAGGAAGCGGAGAAGAGCGCAUCGGGGGCUGUGAGGAGCGCAUUUUAUGAAGCUUUAUAUGUUGUAGCUAUUUUUCCCCCCUGUGCAUGUGCAAAACCCGAGUAGAGAUACUUCUAUUCGUUAUCCAAGGAAAAGGUGGAGCUCCGGUUUGACGUGCAAUGGAGGCUUUUUGUGGUUCAAAACUCUCACAUUUUUGGGAUUCUAACCGGACGCUGUACUGGGACACCCCCGACCUUACAGAAUGCUUUCAGAUGUCGGUUUUAUCAUGGAUUCCCUGCAUAUACCUGUGGCUCGCUUUUCCGUUCUACUUCCUGUAUCUCAAGAAAAACAGCAAAGGAUACAUCAUGAUGUCACUGCUAAACCGAGUGAAAAUGAUUUUCGCCCUGGUAUUAUGGAUCGUGUGCUGGGCCGAUCUCUUCGCCUCCUUUCACGAAAUGCAUCAGGGCAGCCACAUCGCGCCGAUAUUUUUUGUCACGCCUUUGGUGGUUGGCAUGACGGUGCUUCUGGCCACCUUCUUGAUCCAGUAUGAGCGCCUGCGCGGGGUUCAGUCCUCAGGCGUGCUCUUCAUUUUCUGGUUCCUGUCCGUCUUGUGUGCCAUUGUGCCUUUUCGGUCCAAGAUUCUCCAGAUUUCCCUCAAGAACAGGGUUGAGGACAAGCUGCGAUUCACCACAUUCUACAUUUAUUUUGGAUUGAUUGUGGUGCAGCUUAUAUUAUCCUGCUUUAAUGAGAAGCCCCCGCUGUUCUCCAGUGUGGUCACGGACCCCAAUCCAUGCCCAGAAUCCUCAGCUGGCUUCCUCUCAACCAUGACCUUCUGGUGGUUCACAAGUAUGGCUAUCAAAGGCUACAAGAAUCCGCUGGAGAACAAAGACCUUUGGUCCCUAAACAAGCGGGACAGUUCAGAGGUCAUCGUGCCGAAGCUGCUCCGGGAAUGGGAGGUGGAACAGGCCAAAGUCCAAGGGGAGGUUCAAGCCUUGUACUCCAAGUCCCCCUUGACCACGGAGGCCAACCACGUUGAAAGGUCCCCGGCGGAGGCAGAGGUGCUGCUGAUGGAGAAAGGCGAGGUCCGGCAGCCUUCCUUCCUGCGCUGCCUGCUCAAGGCGUUUGGCCCCUACUUUCUCAUCGGCUCCGCAUACAAGCUGCUGCAGGACCUCAUCACCUUCAUCAAUCCCGUGCUUCUCAGCAUGCUGAUCUCCUUCAUAGGCAAUCAGAAGCAGGGCGUCCCGUCUUGGUGGGGAUAUGCGCUUGCCUUCCUGAUGUUCUUCUGUGCCCUGCUGCAGACCCUUAUUCUGCACCAGCACUUUCAGUACUGCUUUGUCACAGGGAUGAGACUGCGCACUGCCAUCGUUGGCGCCAUCUACAGGAAGUCUCUUGUGAUCACAAAUGCGGCCAAACGCUCCUCAACCGUAGGGGAGAUUGUCAACCUGAUGUCAGUGGAUGCCCAGCGCUUCAUGGACCUCACCACCUUCCUGAACAUGCUGUGGUCUGCUCCUCUGCAGAUUAUUCUGGCUCUGUAUUUCCUCUGGCAGAAUUUGGGUCCCUCUGUCCUCGCUGGUGUGGCUGUGAUGAUACUGUUGAUCCCCCUCAAUGCAGCCAUUGCUGUGAAGACUAGAGCAUUUCAGGUGGAGCAGAUGCAGUACAAAGACUCGCGCAUCAAGCUCAUGAAUGAGAUUCUGAAUGGCAUCAAGGUGCUGAAGCUGUACGCGUGGGAGGACUCCUUCAAAGAGAAGGUUCUGGGUAUUCGACAGAAGGAGCUCCAUGUGCUGCGCAAGAUGGCUUACCUUGGCGCUGUGUCUACUGUGGCCUGGACCAGUGCUCCUUUCCUGGUUGCCUUGACAACAUUUGCCGUUUAUGUGAUGGUGGACGAAAAUAAUGUUCUGGAUGCCGAGAAGGCGUUUGUGUCCCUGGCUUUGUUCAACAUCCUGAGGUUCCCCCUCAACAUGCUCCCGCAGGUCAUCAGCAGCGUCGUGCAGGCCAGCGUCUCUCUGAAGCGCAUUCAGAAUUUCCUGAGUCACGAUGAGUUGGACCUCAACAGUGUGGAUAGAAAGAACACAACUGCAGGUUUUGCUGUGACUGUCGUUAAUGGAAAAUUCUCUUGGGCGAAGAAUGAUCCCGCAACCCUUCACAAUAUGAAUCUGAUGGUGCCACAAGGUUCUCUGCUCGCUGUGGUGGGCCAUGUGGGCUGUGGGAAGUCUUCGCUGGUGUCUGCUCUCCUGGGAGAGAUGGAGAAACUGGAGGGAGAGAUAUCCAUACGGGGCUCCGUGGCCUACGUCCCACAGCAGGCUUGGAUUCAGAACGCCACUUUGAGGGAUAAUAUCUUGUUUGGCCAUGCAUACAAUGAGAGAAAGUACCGUUCUGUCCUGGAUGCCUGUGCGCUGACACCUGACCUAGAGGUUCUACCGGGAGGCGACAUGACAGAAAUCGGAGAAAAGGGCAUCAACCUGUCGGGCGGCCAGCGGCAGCGUGUCAGCUUAGCCCGUGCUCUGUACAGCGACUCGGACGUGUACCUGCUGGAUGACCCCCUGUCUGCUGUGGAUGCGCAUGUGGCCAAGCACAUCUUUGACAAGGUCAUCGGGCCUGAGGGAGCUCUCAGUGGCAAGACGAGAAUCCUGGUAACCCAUGGCAUCAGCUUCUUGCCCCAGGUGGACAACAUCCUGGUAAUUGUGGAUGGAAGGGUUUCUGAGGUGGGGUCCUACCAGCACCUGCUGAAGGAGAAUGGGGCCUUUGCAGAGUUUCUUAGGAACUAUGCACUUGAAGACAUCAUCGAAGAGGACGAAUCAUUAGGGCCACUAAUGGAAGAGGAUGAGGAAUCUUUCCCAGAAGAUGCCAUGAGCAACCACAUAGACAUGGGAGACAGUGCCCCUUCAGUCAAUGAAGCGAAGAGGCAGUUUAUACGGCAGAUCAGUGUGAUAUCUACGGACUCAGAGAACACCAGGAAGAUGUCCGUCCGCACACGGCGCCACAGUGAGAGGAAGCACGUGGAGCCACCUCCAGAAAAGAAGCGGGAGAUGGCAGAGAAGCUGAUCCAGGCAGAGACGGCGGAGACGGGCAGGGUGAAGUCCAAGGUGUUCUUGGAGUACAUCAAGGCCGUGGGGCCACUGCUGUCCCUUUUCAUCUGCUUCCUGUACGGCUGCCAGAACGCGGCAGCCGUCGGGGCCAAUAUCUGGCUGAGCCAGUGGACCAACGACGCCCGGAACAACAAAACGGACACCUCCAGAGACAUGCGGGUGGGGGUGUACGCAGUGCUGGGCCUCUCUCAGGGUGUGCUGCUUCUGGGCAUCGCUAUACACUGCCGGGCCUACAGCAUGCUGAGGGCGGCCCGCGUCAUCCACCACAACAUGCUCCACGCCAUCCUGAGGGCCCCGCAGGCCUUUUUUGAAGCAACUCCCUCAGGGAGAGUUUUGAACCGCUUCAGCAAAGAUGUGGACACAAUAGAUUGUCUCAUUCCUGAGAAUAUUGAUAUCUGGAUGCGCACUUUCUGGUACACAGCAACUGUGCUGAUCACAUGCUCUGCCCUCACCCCUAUCUUCUUCAUAGUCAUAGUGCCGUUAACGCUGUUCUUUUGGUGGGUCCAGAGAUUUUAUGUGGCCACAUCACGGCAGCUAAAGCGACUGGAAUCCGUCAGUAGGUCUCCGAUAUACUCUCACUUUUCUGAAACCAUCACAGGAACUAGUGUCAUCCGGGCAUUUGGGAGGCACAGUGCCUUCAUACAGAUAAGUGACAUGAAGGUGGAUGAAAACCAAAAAAGUUACUACCCUGGUAUUGUUGCCAACAGAUGGCUGGGCAUCCGAAUUGAAUUUAUCGGAAACUGCAUUGUGCUCUUCGCUGCACUGUUUGCUGUGGUUGACAGAAACAGCUUAGAACCUGGGCUUGUAGGAUUUUCUGUCUCAUAUGCAUUGCAGGUGACCAUGUCUUUGAACUGGAUGGUCAGGAUGUCCUCAGAUUUGGAGAGCAACAUUGUAGCAGUAGAAAGGGUGAAGGAGUAUGCAGAGACGGAGACUGAGGCACCCUGGGAGGUAGUGGAGAAGAAGCCCGCCGCAGAAUGGCCCGGGACGGGCAAAGUGGAGUUCCACGACUACAGCGUGAGGUAUCGAGAAGGCCUGGACCUCGUACUGAGGAACCUCACACUCAGUAUUAACGGUGGAGAGAAGAUUGGCAUUGUGGGGAGAACAGGAGCAGGAAAGUCUUCGAUGACCCUCUGCCUAUUCCGCUUGCUGGAAGCAGCCAGUGGAGAAAUCACCAUUGAUGGGGUGAAGGUUUCCGAAAUUGGAUUGCAUGACCUUCGGUCUAAGCUCACCAUCAUUCCUCAGGAACCUGUCCUCUUUUCGGGAAGCUUGCGGAUGAAUCUUGAUCCUUUCGAUAGCUACAGCGACGAAGAGGUCUGGAAAGCCCUAGAGCUGUCGCACUUGAAGAGGUUUGUGAACAACCACCCAUCUAAACUGGACCUAACAUGUACAGAAGGUGGAGAAAAUCUCAGUGUGGGCCAAAGACAGCUGGUUUGUUUGGCUCGAGCCCUUCUAAGAAAAACCAGGAUCCUUAUCCUGGAUGAAGCUACAGCAGCCAUUGAUCUCGAGACGGAUGAUCUGAUCCAGUCCACUAUCCGCACGCAGUUUGAAGACUGCACAGUCUUCACAAUUGCGCACAGACUCAACACCAUCAUGGACUACACCAGAAUCCUCGUAUUGGACAAGGGACAAAUAGCAGAAUUUGAUACUCCAACAAAUCUUAUAGGACAGAAAGGAAUAUUUUAUGGAAUGGCCAAAGAUGCGGGACUGGCUUGAUACUACGCACUGUUUCCUAUCCCAAGUGCCUUUACAACAUAGGAAUCUACUGAAUGCACCAUUUUGUACUGAGCAGUAAAAUGCAGCCACCAUCAGCCCCUGACCUCUGCCCGCCCACCCCUUUUUUUAAAGUAACUCAGUUACUUACUGUAUAUAAGCUACCACCAAGCUCUGCUAGGGAAACAAAUACUCAAUACAGUAAGAUCUGCAAACUUGAAUUACUGAAAUCUGAAGUAUAAUAAAGAGUUGUGUAAUUCCUACAUUAAA